CUGCUGGCCGGUGUCGGGCUGGCCAUCGUCACCGGACCGACGGGAUGUUUCGUGGUAUGGCGACGGCUGGCCUACUUCGGCGAGACCAUCGCCCACUCGGCCCUGCUCGGCGUUGCGGUGGCCAUCGUGCUCGACAUCGAUCUGGCCAUCGGGAUCUUCGCCGCCGCCAGCGCGGUGGUGUUGAUCAUGUUCUUUCUCGAACGGAGCGACACCCUGCCCACGGACACCAUGCUCGGCCUGCUGGCCCAUGGCGGACUCUCGCUGGGCCUGGUGGUGCUGGCCUUCUUCCCAAGCAUGCGCUUCGACCUGCACGCGCUGCUCUUCGGCGACAUCCUCGCGGUGACGCGCGCGGAUCUCCUCGUCAUCUGGGUUGGCGGCGCCGGCUGCCCUGGGGGUGCUGUGGUGGAUCUGGCGCCCGCUGCUGGCGGCCACGGGUGGCCGAAGGCCGGGUGA